GCCGACUCUUUAGGGCGCCUUUCUCGCUGAGUGGACAUGGGGGCUGGAGGCAGUGCUGAGGACAAGCACUCCAGGGAGCUGGAGAAGAAGCUGAAGGAGGAUGCCGACAAGGACGCCAGGACAGUCAAGCUGCUGCUGCUGGGUGCUGGUGAAUCAGGCAAGAGCACCAUUGUCAAACAGAUGAAAAUUAUCCACAAAGAUGGUUACUCCCUGGAAGAGUGCUUGGAGUUCAUUGUCAUCAUCUACAGCAACACGCUACAGUCCAUCAUGGCCGUUGUGAAGGCCAUGAACACCCUCAACAUCGGCUAUGGAGACACUGCAGCAGCAGAUGAUGCCAGGAAGCUGAUGCACUUGGCUGACACCAUUGAGGAGGGAACAAUGCCUAAGGAGAUGGCCGAUAUCAUCUUGAGGCUCUGGAAGGACACUGGGAUCCAGGCAUGCUUCGACAGGGCAUCUGAGUACCAACUGAACGACUCUGCUGGAUACUACCUAAAUGACCUGGAGCGGUUAGUGCAGCCUGGCUAUGUUCCCACUGAGCAGGAUGUGCUGCGUUCUCGAGUAAAGACCACUGGUAUCAUUGAGACCACGUUCUCCUUCAAGGACCUUCAUUUCAGGAUGUUUGAUGUGGGUGGCCAGCGCUCGGAGAGGAAGAAGUGGAUCCACUGCUUCGAAGGUGUGACCUGCAUCAUCUUCAUUGCUGCUCUCAGUGCUUACGACAUGGUGCUGGUGGAGGAUGAUGAAGUGAACCGAAUGCACGAAUCCCUCCACCUGUUCAACAGUAUUUGCAACCACCGUUACUUUGCCGCCACCUCCAUUGUACUCUUUCUGAACAAGAAAGAUGUCUUCGUGGAGAAGAUCAAGAAGUCCCAUCUCAGCAUGUGCUUCCCUGAGUAUGAUGGUCCCAAUACCUUUGAGGAUGCUGGUAACUACAUCAAGAUGCAGUUCCUGGACCUCAACCUGCGGCGAGACAUCAAGGAGAUCUACUCCCACAUGACCUGCGCCACAGACACACAGAACGUCAAGUUCGUGUUUGAUGCCGUCACCGACAUCAUCAUCAAAGAGAACCUCAAGGAUUGCGGUCUCUUCUAAAGAGGGACAGACCCUUGGCAGGCAGGAGAGAUGCAGGUAACAUCAUGUGAACCCCUCCUGCGACACACUUCCUUACCCAUCUCCUUCAGAAGUCAGAAGACAACCCCAACCCCCAGAAACACACACGUGCAUACACAUACACAAACACAACCAUGAGCCCAACCAAACUCUAAAAAGAAGAAAAAGAAAUCUGCUUUCUGUCCAGGUGUGUGACUGUAAGGAUGUAUUUGUACCAUGAUACCAAGAGACGGAGAGGUAGCGUCAAAUGAAACAUUUUUACUGGUCACCUGUAGUCCAGAAAGCAGUGCUGCAGGUCCCUCAUAGACUAUGGAAUGGUAUGUAUAGAGCAUUUUCAGGAGUGCAUGUAUGUGAUAGGUGCUCAAAUUAUAUGGCAAUUGUAUGAAAUGUUUGACUGGGUCUGAUUAAUCCAGGAGAUCAUGUAGCUACACAUGGCCAAAUUACCGGAUCAACACCUGCACAUGCACUUCAAUUUGUAAUCUGUUGGAGAGAUGGUGAAGUCGAUUUAAGCAGUAAAAAAAAAAAACUAAAUACAAGCUCCCUGCCAUUGAUACCACACUACAGAAUGAUGCAUGCAUGGCAGUACACAGUAGUGUAGCUUGACAGAGAGAAAAAGAAAGAACUAUAGCCACAAAACAUCAACCAUAAAUAGAGGCCCAAGCUACUGCUUUAUAAUGCUAUUUUUCUGUAACUUGUUUCUAACAUACCGCACCAAUGAAUUGUGGAAGUUAUGGGGCACCGUCUGGCGAGAAGAACUGAAGUGUUUAUUCUGCUGUAGCUCAAACUCGCCUCUGAGAUGCAGAAGUCAACCAA